UGUGCCCUCACCGAGUUGUUAAGGCGAUGCUGGCAAAUCUGCGCUCCCAAGUCCCGCGAGCCCCCGGCCGUGGGCUGGAGGAGAGGCGGCCAAGCCAGGCUGCCGCCGCCGGCACGCCGGGAGCUGUGUUUCCGAGCAGGCAUGCUGGGAGCGAGAGUUUUUUCCGCUUUCCUUCCCGUCCGCAAUGCCCUCGUGUUUUGAGGCCGGCUCUGUCUGGUGCCUGUCGUUGCAGACGGUGGUGGAAGAAUAAGAAGCAAGAUGAAACCUCUCCAGAGUGUCUGGCUUUUCAAAAGCUUGCUUUCCAGUUGCUACUGUCAUGGUCAGCUUCACAGUUCUCUUCCUUCUGUUGCAAAGAAGAUAGGUUAUGUGAUGGGACUGCACAGCUGUGCAUUUGGGAGGCCAAAACCUUUGUUGGACACAGCUGGAUUGACUCUGUCAUGUAAUGUUCAGCUUAGGAAAAAGCAUCAGGAUUCUCGAGCACUGUGGAAGCACGAGGCUGUGCAGAAGUAUCUGGAGACUCUAAGCAAAGAAUACCAGGAGGUCAAUCGUCUGCUCGAUGCUGACUCAAAAAAUGACUUUGAGCAAAGAACCCUGAGGAGAAGACGUGCUGACCUAUCCUGCAUUGCAACUGCGUUUCAGGAAAUCAAAGAGGCUGAAAGAGAAGUCCAGGAGUUAGAAACCAUGUGCAGAGAGCUAGAUGGCAGAGAUGAGAAACAACUUCUGCAGCUUGCCUUAGAAGAGAAGGAAACCCUUGAUAAAAAAAUAAACACGCUGUGCAGAAAGCUUUUCCAGCUUCUAGUGCCAAAGGAAAAAUAUGAUAAAAGUCAUGUCAUAUUAGAAGUGACAGCUGGCAGAACAACUGGAGGUGACAUCUGCCAACAGUUCACCAAGGAGAUGUUUGAGAUGUACCAGAACUAUGCAGACUAUAAAUGUUGGACCUUUGAUGUUCUGAACUACACGCCAGCUGAGAUAGGUGGGCUGCAUCAUGCAGCCGCUCAUAUUUCAGGAGAUGAUGUCUACAGGCAUCUGAAAUACGAAGGAGGGACGCAUCGGGUCCAGCGAAUCCCCGAGACGGGCCUGUCGUCGAGAAUGCAGCGCAUUCAUACCGGGACGAUGUCAGUCAUUGUCCUCCCGCAGCCAGAGGAGGUUGACGUUAAAGUGGAUCCCAGAGAUUUGCGUGUAGACACGUUCAGGGCCAGAGGAGCAGGAGGGCAACACGUUAACAAAACUGAUAGUGCUGUGAGAAUCGUACACCUUCCCACAGGACUAGUGGUAGAGUGCCAGCAGGAGCGAUCACAGCUGAAGAACAAGGAAAUAGCUCUGCAGAUGCUGAGAGCUAAGUUGUACCAGCAGAUCAUUGAAAAACAGCUAAGUCAAGAGCAGAGUGCCAGAAAACUGCAGUUGGGAACAAGAGCCCAGUCAGAGAGAAUUCGUACUUACAACUUCACCCAGGACAGAGUGACCGACCACAGGAUCUCGCAUGAUGCACGCAAUAUCAAGGAAAUUCUAAGUGGGAAAGAAGAACUGGAUAAGCUAAUAAACAGGCUACUGGAGUUUGCAGAGAUGGAGGCUUUCACCGAGUAUCUAGAAAAUUUGCAGUCUGUGGAAGGAGGAGGCUGCUGAAGACAUUGUAUAGACUUAAAGCAGGAAUGCUUUCGGUAGCAAAAUAAAAUGGACACAUUUGUUAGAUGACUGAUUAAAAUCUAUGCCUCUUUUUCAA